UUAUCAAUUUGACUCAGAAAUAUAGAGACGGUAGGUAAAUCUUAUACUUUAAUAAAAUAAUAACGAAGGAGCUUCAUAUGUCAACUGAGGAAACGGGAAGAUAAAUCAGACAAGGAGCGGUAUCUUCUCUGUUCUCUAAUCUCCUGUGUGGAAAAAAAAAACAAAUUUUCGACACAUCUUUCACACAGCUUGAAGCUGUGACUGCAGAAAUGGCCAGAGUUAUUAAGUUCGAAGAGGUGGCUAAGCACAAAGAGAGGGACGAUUGCUGGCUUGCAAUCUUUGGCAAGGUGUAUGAUGUGACUUCAUUUCUUGAAGAUCAUCCUGGGGGUGACGAAGUCCUGCUAGCUGCUACUGAGAAAGAUGCAACAAACGACUUUGAAGAUGUAGGCCACAGCGAUGCUGCAACAGAGAUGAUGGAAGAAUACUAUAUUGGUGACCUUGAUAGCACUACCGUUCCACCAAAAAAGAAGUACAAGCCACCCCAGCAAAUAGCACAUAAACCUGAAGACUCUGGAUUUGCAUUGAAGAUUAUGCGAUUCCUGGUGCCACUGUUGCUCUUGGGUAUUGCAUUUGCUCUGCGAUUUAAUGCAAAGAAAGAGGACUAGAUGGAUCAUGGUAUGAAGUUGAGAAAGUUAGCUCAUGUUACAUUGAUAAUAAUAGCCCGAUAAGUAUAUUUGUAGGAUUUCAAUUGGCACUUUUCAUUGGGUUUGAUCUUAGUGUGGUUGUAUCUUUGAUUGCUAAUAACAAUGGAUUGGUUAUCUCA